GCCUGGCUCACAACUGACCCCUCUGCAUCAUCAGGGGGAGAAGUGUCCUUAAAAGGCCCCAUGGGGGUUGAGUCUCUGAGCUAGGAGCGUUGGUGAGGUCACCGCUUGGCUGGGCUCCACCCGGAGAUGGCAUGGUUUUCUCUGCUCUCCAGGCCUGCCCGGAAGGCUGUAGGGAGGGUCUGGGUUUCUCUUCUGCCCACACCUGGGCAGGAGCCCAGUCAAGCAGAGAAAGGUCCCCAGAGAGCUUCCUCCCCGACCAGCCCUAUCCCAGCCCGACACCAUGUGACUCCCGGGAACUGACAGAGCAGGAGCCGCCCGCGGGCUCUGGGGCGGCAGAAGCCCACAGCCAGCCCGGGCAGCUCUGAGGUCCAGGGUCCACGCAGGCAGGAUUCAGAACGUCCCCGUCCGCCAGGCCCCUUGCAGGGACAGAAGCACAGACUCCUGAACAGGAAGCUCAGCGGACUCUGUGGUUCCAGGGCUCCCGGAGACAGCGGAGCAGACGACCUCAGCCUCCUGGCCUCCCCCACCUCGUCCGCCCGUCCUGGAGAUGGAGUGGCGGGGAGCUGGGCAGCGCGCGGCGCCCCCCGAGAGCAGCCAGGAGGACGAGGCAUUCAACCUGGUCAUUCUGGCGCUCACGGAGCUGCUCAGCCUGGGCGGGCUGCUGGGCAACGGCGUGGUCCUCUGGCUGCUCAGCCGCAACGUCUACAGGAACCCCUUCUCCAUCUACCUCCUGGACGUGGCCUGUGCCGACCUCAUCUUCCUCGGCUGCCACAUGGUGGCUGUCAUCCCCGACCUGCUGCCCCGCCAGCUGACCUUCCCGGGCUUCGUCCAGACCAGUCUGGCCACGCUGAGGUUCUUCUGCUACAUCGUGGGGCUGAGCCUCCUGGCGGCCAUCAGCACAGAGCAGUGCCUGGCCACCCUCUUCCCGGCCUGGUACCUGUGUCGCCGUCCGCGCCACCUGACCACCUGCGUGUGUGCGCUGGCCUGGGCACUCUGCCUCCUGCUGGACCUGCUGCUCAGCGGGGCCUGCACCCAGUUCUUCGGGGAGCCCAGUGGCCAGCUGUGCAGGACACUGUGGCUGGUGGUGGCAGCCCUGCUGGCCACCCUGUGCUGUGCCAUGUGCCUGGCCAGCCUGCUCCUGCUGCUGCGGGUGGAGCGUGGCCCGCAGCGGCACCAGCCCCGGGGCUUCGCGGGCCUGGUCCUCCUGGCCGUCCUCCUGGCCCUCUUCUGCGGCCUGCCCUUCGGCGUCUACUGGCUGACCCGGAGCCUGCACUGGCACACCCCCUACCACUUCUACCACUUCAGUUUCCUCAUGGCGGCCGCUCACAGCUCCGCCAAGCCCGCCAUCUACUUCUGCCUGGGUAGUGCCCGCGGCCGCAGGCUGCGCGAGCCCCUCCGGCUGGUGCUCCAGCGGGCCCUGGGCGACGAGGCCGAGCUGGGGGCCGGGAGGGAGGCCUCCCACAGGGGCCUCGUGGACGUGACGGCCUAGGCCCCCAUCCCGACCCAGCUCUGACCCGCAGCCAGGGAGAUGCCUCUGGGGAACGGGUGGGAUCAGAGGCCGGGGCAGCAAGACCCCCGAGGGAGGCCUCUGCCGAUGACCUGCUGGUGUGGACCCCAGGUGCCACCCGCAUUCCCUGUGGGAGGCUCACCAGGGAGGAGGGUCUCGGGAGGCAGCUCGGGGACUCGCACUUCGAGGAAGCCCCCAGGGCUGUUGUCAUGCGCAGGAACCCAUGAGAGCCGCCCUCUUCAUGACAGCAAAGCUGGAGAGGAAGGGGACAGUCAGUCCCCAGGGUGGGUGCAGGCCAGCCAUCUCCCACAGCUCAUCCUGCCUCCCCACUCAGCCUCCCCAUAGCUGAGGGCACACCCCACCACGGGACACAGCGUGACCGCCCCGGUUCCCCAAGGCCUCUCCCUCCAGCAUAGUCUCAGACGCCCUGAAAUUGGAACUGGUUUAGGCAGGCGGUAUGAGACACUCAGGAAACCCUGGAUGGCCGGCCACAGAAGAAAAUGUCCACCAGACCCCCACACCAGGGCCAGUGAGCAGAGUCGGCCCCCUCCCCCUCAGCGAGAGCAGAGCAAGCAGCCCGCUGAGCCCCGGGAAGCCACGUCAGGCCAGGCUGGUCACUGCAUGUUAGAACAGCUACUGUUGGGGACGCGGCGGGCGCAGCCCCUGACGGACUGCCUGGACUCCCCACCAGCAGUGGGCUGGUGUCUGCCUGGCUCCAGCUGUGCUCUCUGGGUCUGGACUCUGGGCACUCUCUGUCCCAGCACUGCCAAAAACCCGAGGCCACACUCCAUGCAAAGCACCAGCAGCCCGUCUUCGACUCGCAUCCCAUCAGGAGCUUAAGCAGGAAAACAGUGGCAUCCCAAACCACAGUGACCUCCCCACGAGGCUGCACGUGGAUGGACAACUUGGCGGCCCAGCUGCACAGCUGCGAAAGUCCACAUCGACAUUUCCUGCCAGAGGAAGGCGCGCAGGGGCCCAGGAUGGGCUUCCAGAGCCUGGUCAUCGGUGACGAGACUGGGUCCUAGACUACACGGACCUGGACCCAAGCUUCAGAAAGGCCGACGGCCACAGCGUGCCCUGCCUCUUGAGAAGGGCUCUGGGUGGGCAGCAAGGCCUUUGAGGGCCCUUACAGUCCUGCCCACUCCCAGAGCAGCCCCGCAGGACAGUCCAGACUUUGGCUCCUGGACAGCCCCCCGCCCACACUUCUGCCUGGGCAUGUCCCACUCAGGAGGGUCACUUAGGACUCUGCUGGGCUUUGCACACAGCAGGCUGCAGAGCCCCCCGGUACUGGGCCCGGGAUGAUCCCAGAGCUGCCCGGGGUUCAGAACAGAGGCUUUGAGCCCUGCAGCCUGGGCGAAGCCCGGUCCCCACCACCUGUCAUGGUGGAUGGGUUGCUCAGCCCACCACACGCCCCCUCUGCCAUCUGUAAAGCCCAAGAGCCAAGUGACUUCAUGAGUACCAGAGGCUGCGAAGAGUGUCCAGCACCUCACAAGUCCCAACAGAACUGCACUGUGUCUCUGACUCUCCGGGUCCAAGUCCACUGGCCCAAGUCCACUGUGCAUCUUGACCCAGACUGAGGCGUCUGAGAGGGUCUCCUUUCCAACUGCAGGACAUGAUUCUGACAGCGUGGCCAGGCCUCUAGCUGACCUGACAUCCAGUCUUGGCUGAGAUUGAGCUUGUCCUCCUGGGGCCAGGCCCUCCCCCUUCGCGGGCCUCCACCCAGGCUCCUGUGUGCCUUGGCAGGUGUGGGUCCAGGGAGACCCGAGGUGGCCUGGGAGCCAGCAUGGCCCUCCCUCUCCUCCUGGCAGGAUGAACUGCUAUCACUCUGAGAGGAAACGAGAGCAGAAAGGGAAGCGGCCUGUCCACAAGUCCACUUGCAGCCCUGGACACUCUUCCCUCAGACCAAGGAGGAGCCACGGGGGACAGCACAGAUCAGCGCCACGGGCACCACGUCCCUGGACAUUAACCCAUAACCUUCAGUGUGGGGAAGGCACCCCCACUUUACAACGUGGGGUCUCUGAUGCAGGGGAUCUGGGACUGCGCCUGACCACCCAGAAAGCCCCUCCCUGGAUCCCUCCAUACCCUUGCUGGUUCAGGGCUGGCUCGGGAGCCUGUGGCUCUACCCUGGCUCCCCCUCCCCUUUUUCCCCAUCUAGGGUGAAGACAGGCCAGGGGUCCUCGGGACACUCCCUGCCUCCCUGAGUGAGGCCCUUAGUCCAGGGGUUUGGGUGCAGCCGAUCCUUCUAUCUGACUGGCAGCAGGUGUGUAGCCUGGAGGGCCAGCUGGUGGGCUCCCUCUCAGUCCAGACUGCCCGCUCAGCAGUCAAGAGACCCUGAGAUACUAGGCCAGACAAUGGUUCUCCCAGUCUUCAUCAGAGCUUCCAGGUUCCGCCGGGCAAGGCAGCUUGACUGCCCACCUGCCCACCUGCCCACCUGCCCUCACCUGGCUGCACCUCCCCUUCUGCCCUGGAGCCAAGAGGGCCCACCAUGGACCCCAGCCACCUCCUCCCCGACCUCACCUGGCAUGACCUGAGGCCUACUCCCCAAAGAGGACCCUCCCCAGGCCGCAGGCAAAGCCAGACCUGGAGGGGGCCCAGGGGCCUAGGAGGACCUGGCGCGAGGACCAGGUCAGUGCCCCCCAGGACCACCCCCGCAGGACCCAGGCCACACUGGGCCACUCCCACAGCACAGACUUCCCGGGAACAGCACGUCACUGUGGGGACAGCCAACAUUCCAGGGAGCCCCUGUCACCGCGGCCCCUCCCCAGCCUGCAGGGAGCCCUGCCAGGCCCAGGCCGUCUGCCAGGACUCGGGGCAGGGCCCAGGAGGACCCCGCUGCCCACCUCCCCCUGCUCGGGCGUGAGGCUGUCCUGGCGCCGGGUCCUGGUGGCUGCAGGGGACCUGCUCACUCCUCGCUGUCCCCCGUCAGCAGCUGGAGCCACAGGGGCCUGCGGAGCCGGGGGCAGGUGCCUGCGCUGUGCUGCUGCCCGAGUCGCCCCUUUGGUCAGACCCAGUGCCGGGGGCUCUGACUCGGGUCCCACCGCCUGCCCG